AUGCGUUUUAUCCAUCUUUUCUACUUAUGCUUUGGGUUGGCAGCACAUGCUGCUGUCAUUCAACGUCCGAGUAACAAUACGACCGAAAUUGAGGCUCGUGAUGCUGCUACUGGCUUUCGAUCCGUCGCGUAUUUCGUGAACUGGGCUAUUUAUGGUCGAAACUUCAAUCCUCAGGAUCUUCAAGCUCAGACCCUGACACAUAUUCUCUAUGCCUUCGCCAAUGUGCGCUCGGAUACAGGAGAGGUAUUCAUGACGGAUUCUUGGGCUGACACUGAUAAACAUUACCCUGGAGACUCCUGGAGUGAGAGUGGAAACAACGUUUAUGGCUGUAUCAAGCAGCUGUUUCUGUUAAAAAAACAAAAUCGAAAGUUGAAAGUUCUUCUCUCAAUCGGUGGCUGGACCUACUCCUCGAAUUUUGCCGGUCCCUUGAGCACUAGUGCAGGAAGAGCAAAAUUUGCUUCAUCGGCCGUGGCCCUGGUCCAAAACCUUGGCUUUGACGGGCUGGAUAUCGAUUGGGAAUACCCGGCGGAUAGCACCCAGGCGGCUAAUAUGGUGGCUACUUUGCAAGCUCUGCGUUCUGCACUUGAUAGUUACAGUGCGACCUAUGCAAACGGCUACCAUUUCCUGAUAACUGUCGCUUGCCCAGCUGGUCCUUCCAACUACCAGCAACUUGAUUUAUCUCAUAUGGAUCAGUACUUGGACUUCUGGAACCUUAUGGCUUACGAUUAUUCCGGAAGCUGGGAUAGUAUUGCUGGCCACGAUGCAAAUGUUUACGCGUCAAGUGACAAUCCAGCAAGCACACCCUUUAAUACUGAUCAGGCCAUAUCAUACUACACCUCCAAUGGUGUGAGUGCUAACAAGAUUGUUAUGGGAAUGCCAUUAUACGGCAGGUCCUUCAUGAACACGACGGGACCAGGAAGAAGUUUCAAUGGCGUCGGUAGUGGUAGCUGGGAGAAUGGCGUCUGGGAUUACAAAGCGCUCCCUCAGGCAGGCGCUACAGUAAACUACAUUGAAUCAAUUGUUGCAAGCUACAGCUAUGAUUCGUCACAGCAAAUGAUGGUCAGCUAUGACACGCCGCAAGUUGCUCAGAAGAAGGCGCAGUAUAUACAAUCAAAGGGUCUCGGCGGAGGAAUGUGGUGGGAGUCCAGCAGCGACAAGACUGGCUCUGAUAGCCUGAUAUCCACGGUCGUAAAUUCGUUUGGUGGUGUCGGUGCUUUGGACCAGAGUCAAAACCAGUUAAGCUACCCAGCAUCGUCUUACGACAACCUGAAAGCCGGAUUCCCAUCUAGCUGA